AUGACUGGCACUACGGAAGUGAGUUGGGGCUCUUGGUUGCAGAGCUGGAAGACUGAAAUUGACGAAGAGACGGAGCGCAUUGAUCGUCAGAAAGCGGCGUUUGGAGCCGAGAGUGUGGCUCGCAUCAAGGACUUGAAUGUGUUGAUCUUGGGUGCUCAGGGUGUAGGUGUGGAGACGGCCAAGAAUUUGAUAUUGAGCAAUGUGGGCAGUGUGACGUUGUGGGAUCCCAAUCCGACCCAAAUGGCCGAUCUUGGAACCAACUUUUAUUUGCAUGCCAACCAUGUGGGAAUGGCGAGAGCCAAGGCGUGUAUGGGCGAUCUCAAAACGUUGAAUCCCUUUUGCAAGGUCCAAGUGCUCGAAGAAGAAGCCAUUACGGAAAAAGUCUUGGUGGAAUCGGUUGCCACGGGGAAACCCUACUCGGCGGUCGUUGUGACCAGUUUGUCCAUUCUUCAAGGAGACGCUUCAUUGACUCUGGCGCAAGUCAAUGAGGUUUGUCGCAACAAUAAUGCCGCCUUUUUAUUGGCAUGCAAUCAUGGAGUCUCCACGUCUCUGUUUUCCGAUUUUGGACUCAAACAUGAAAUCACCGAUGAGUUUGGCGAGCCCACGAGGUUGCUGGCAUUGUCCAAUUUGGAAGUCCUGUCGGGAGACGAAAUUCCAGAGUUGCUCAAAAUUGAAGGAAUCGACAAAAAAUCCACAGUGGUCCUCCUCACUGUGGCCCAGUCAGAUCAUGGAUUGGAUGAUGGCAACAAGAUUCUAUUGGACGAUUUGAGGGGACCACUGGAAGUCUGGAAUGGUCAUCGCGUUCAGAUACAGCGCGUGGCAUUUCGCAGCCCCACCGCCGCCAAAGUCCAGACGGCAGAUGUCUCCUUUCAAGAAAUUCUCAAACAACCCACCAAGGCCGUCUUGAAGAAUUUCGAAAAACAAUACAACUACUACUUACAGCAGCAUGAGCAAGAUGAAACCAACAAGGAUAAAAAGUUUCCCGUGCGAACCAUCACCAUGUUUAAUCGAUUGGCUGUCAUUCUAGACGAUGAGCACCACAACAAGCUUCCAGAAGGAUUGAGUGUGGCCGAUUUGGAAACUGGAUACCAAGCGGGAGGCUUGCUCCAGCAGGUCAGACCACCCAUCUACAAGGAAUACUCCAGUUUUGUGGAUACGUUGGAAGGAUCGGCCAGUCCAGCCGUGCCGCAAAUGUUGCGUGGAGAUCACUGGGAAGCUGGAAAGGGAAUUGAGCUGCACCUUUCUGUGGCGGGAGUAUUGGAAUUUUAUCAACGACACAAAGCAUGGCCCGCCAUUCAUUCCACGGAAGACGGGCAGAAAUUGGUAGAUAUUGUCCAAGAGCUCUCCAAAAAACGACAAGAGAGCGGAAAUGGAGGUUGCUGGGCCCAACAAGUAUCUUUUGGAUUUCCUACAGGAGAACCACGGGACUUGGACGAAGUCCAGAUCCGUCACUUUGCUCAACUAUUUGGUACUGAAUUGACGGGAUUGUGUGCGUUUCUGGGAGGGGCGGCUGCUCAGGAGGUGUUGAAGAAAACCGGCAAAUACACGCCAAUUAAUCAGUGGAUUCACCACGAUGAACCUGCAUUGGUUCAUAUUGACGAGGACGAUGACACCUCCAACGUCAGUCCCCUGUUCGGAUCUCGCUACGAUCAUCAAAUUGCCAUUUUGGGCAAGGACUUUCAAGCCAAAAUGGCCAAUCAACGUGUGUUCUUGGUGGGAUGUGGCGCUUUGGGCUGCGAGUACUUGAAGGGGCUGUCCUUGAUGGGAGUGGCCACGGGUCGACAAGGCAAAAUCUAUGUUACUGACAUGGACCGAAUCGAAGUCAGCAACCUGUCUCGUCAGUUCCUCUUCCGAGACAAGGACGUGGGAUCGCCCAAAUCGGUCAGUGGGGCUCGUGUCGUGAAGGAAUGGAACCCGCAAAUGAAUAUCACGGCUCUGGAAAAGAGAGUUGGCACCGACAGCGAAGAUUUCUUUGACGAUGACUUCUGGGAGGCGCUGCACGUUUGCUGGAAUGCUCUGGACAACGUCAUGGCGCGAAAGUACACGGAUCGCCAAUGUCUCCUCUACUCCAAACCUCUUCUGGAAAGCGGGACUCUGGGCACCAAGUGCAACCAUGAAGUCAUCCUGCCCUACCGAACGUCAACCUACAACGACGGCAAGGAGUCGGAUGAGAAUGAAAAUCAAAUUGCGAUGUGUACCCUACGCAGCUUCCCAUUUUUGCCCCUUCAUUGUAUUGAAUUCGCCAAGCAGGCCUAUUUUUCCGAUUAUUUCGAAUUCGGGCCGGAUCAGUACGAAACGUUCCGCAAGGACAUGACUGGAUUCUUUGAACAGCUCGAUUCGAUGGAGCCUGGCGAGCAGUUGAAGAGUUUGAAAAUGAUCCAUGCCUACAUUGAACUCCAACAAAAGGGCGACGGAGGCGGCAUUGACCUUGCAGCGUGCAUCCGAGUCGCAUUCCACAGACUUGUGGAAGACUUUCGAAAUUCCGUCCUGAAUCUCUGCCACAGUGCCGACGUAAUGGAAAAGUCUAGCGGCAAGCAAUUCUGGACGGGUACCAAGCGCCGCCCCCGACCGAUUGAUUGGACGCAACCUGUGCCUGAGCUCAUGGAGUACCUGUACUGCACGGCCAACAUGUACGCCGUUGUCUGGGGCCUCGAUCCAGUCCGCGACCGAGCAACCUUUGAAAAAAUCGUGACGGAUUUGAAACUGGAACAACCUGAUUGGACCGCGCCUUCGCAAAAUGUGGACUUGAGCGAGAAUGACGAUGAAGCGGACAGUGGUGAUGCAGCCGCGGAAGCCGAGAAGCUCAAAGCAGAGCUCUACAAAGUGGAUCCUGCGACACUUAAACCAGCGCAUCCUCAUGACUUUGAGAAAGACGACGAUUCCAACUUUCAUGUUGAUUUCCUCACAAUUUCAACGAAUCUGCGCGCUUGGAACUACGACAUCAAGGCUUCGCAGCGCCAUGCAGUCAAAGUCACGGCCGGGAGAAUCAUUCCAGCCUUGGCCACCACAACUGCCAUGGUCUGCGGUUUGGUGGACAUUGAAUUCUGCAAGCUGGUGUUGGGACUGGAGUCACAGGGUCGUGACAAAUUUUUGAAUUCCAAUAUCAACUUGGCAGCAGGAUCGGGCAACUUCACUACCUUCAGCCCUGAUCCUCCGGUUGUCGUCAAAACAGGCUUGAGUACAGGCCCCAAGAGGUUUACUUCAUGGGACAAAAUUGUGUUGGCCUUCCGUCAAGACGAGGAAUUGACUGUAGAGGAACUCGUCGCUUAUGUACAAAAGACCUUCGGCGUGACUGUCGAUCGUUUGUUUGCUCACGGCAACCCGAGCGAUAAGGCACUCUACAAUUCCGUGGACCAACAAAAACUCAAGUGGGAUAUUCAAAUCGACGAUCAAGGCAAGCCCCAUGUCUCCGACGGUGUCUUUACGCAAUGGCCGCAGAUUCGAAUGGCUGUGCAGAUGCUGGGUCGCCUACCCGCCACCAGUGGGCAGAGGAAAGUGUUUGAAAACCAGAUCAACAAUGUGAAGACAGCGUUGGACAAGACGAAGAAAUCCUUUGAAAACAUCUUCACUGGUCCCGUUUCGAAGGCGUAUCACCAUGUCUACCGUCCUGAAGAAGCUGGAGAGAAGCAAGACUACUUCGACCGCGUCAAUGGCAAGCGUGAAUACGUGCUGUUGGACGUCCAUUGUCAGACUGCCGAAGAAGCAGACAUUCACCUGCCUUGUAUCAAAUACAUUGUAUCUCGCGAUGAGCCUGAAGAAGGCCAGGAACAAGCUGUGAAACGAAUGAAGGUAGCUUAG